AUGGAUGAUUUGACGACGUUGGCCAGCGGGCAAAACGCAACUUUGGUGGUUUUCAGCUUCCUCCAAGCGGAUUGUAGUAACGAGCAAUACAAUAAAGCCGUUUGCUCCUUGGGCAGAGAGCUCGAAGAAGCUUGGAUUUGUGACGAAGAGAACGGAGAUAUCGAAUGUGACGGCAGCAACCAGCCUGACGACUUCGCGGGGUCCAUUGGUGACAUGCAGCCAUCACUAGAACUUUACUGGCCUGGUGGUCAAGUCGAAGCGAGAGCCCUGCAGGAGGUUGCGGCUCACCUGAGGGAAAUCGCCGCCCAAUUUGAGCGCAGUGUUGUGGAUCAGGCCGCUCGAAACCUGCACACGAAUGUCAUGUCUUCACCCAGUGAAGAAUGGCUGCGUCUGCUAAAAAGUGAGGUACAAAGGGCCAUGAUGCAGGGGGUGGGCCUAGAGCAGCUACCCGAAGAGAGGGUUAUCGUGGCCCUCGGCCUCGCAUUGGUGAAGAAAGUGUGCGAAUACACCCCCCGACUGCUCAAAGACCUCUUCAACACAACGCUGCAGUAUGUCAGACACCAGAGGAGAACGGUGACUUGA